GCAGACUCGUGGUCUUUUUUUUUUGUUUGUUUUACAUUAAGACGUCACUUUGCGUAUGUAAUUCAAAAAGAAACGUCUACAAUUCGUUACAAACGAACGCCACACUUUACAAGGCAACGUCAUAAUGGCCACGAAGGAGAUCAGAGCUAUGACGUUCCCACCAUGCAUGUCGUUGCAAGGCGGGCGCGAACAAACACCCGCGCCAGGUCCGUGCAUGUGUGGUGUGUCACUAUGCUGACUCGCGUUUCUCCGCUACAAACUCCAUCGGGUCUUCCGAAUAGUCGGGAUGGCAGAGGACGGCGAAGCAAUCACAGAGGGCAGAAAGAAGCUAGCUUACACCUUCCCUAUUGUCAGGCACACGGACAUGCCCAAGCACAUGAAGAUAGAGGCCAUCUCGCUGUGUACGACGGCCUUCGAAAAGUUCGCCGACAACAAUGAGAGCGCAGCGAAGAUGGUGAAAGACGCCAUGGACAAGAAGUUCGGCACUGCGUGGCACGUAGUGAUCGGCGAAAGCUUCGGCUUUGGGGUCACCCAUGAGGCGAACAAUCUGCUCUAUAUGUUCAUCGGAGGGAAUUUAGCAGUUUGUGUUUGGAAGUGCGUCUAGCGCUCUGUCUUCAGACAUGGUCGUCGACGUUGGAAACAUCAGCUUAUCAAAUGACGCAUCAUCUGAACGGUGUGUUCAAAUUAAUCCUAAAUUGCGACAAGAGCGGCAGCCAUUAGCCUACUUCCUUGUUUACGUCGACUUUCUUCUUCAUUUCCACCUGGCAGCAUUUGCUUGUACUAGCACCACCUACUGGAAUGGCGUGGAGAAAACUGAAAAAACGCUAUUAUUGACAUCUUUUUUAAGUUUGCAAAGUGCUUUGCAAAAGUGGAUGAAACUGUUGUGCUUUCACAACUAAAAAGCUAUAUGACUGAAUGUACUGUUUGCUUGUUAGAUGUGGAGAUAUAAAAGACAAACAUGAAAAGUUCCUUAUUCAUUGAGCUGACAUUGAGUUAAAUGAUUUUAAAUAAGAUUAUAAAUAAUUGUAAUAGUAAUAAUAUUAAAAGAAGUUACAACACAAAAUUAUAUUGCUUCAACACUGAAAUUCAAAUGAACUAAUAACUGUAUAAACCUGACUAAAUGUUC